AAGUCUUAAUGAAGUAGCCAACUGCAGAAGAAUCUGAAGAUAAACAAUGGCUUUCCACGUGGAAGGAUUGAUAGCUAUCAUCGUGUUCUAUCUUCUUAUACUGCUGGUUGGAAUAUGGGCUGCCUGGAGAACGAAAAACACCGGCAGCGCAGACGAGCGCAGUGAAGCCAUAAUAGUCGGGGGCCGAGACAUCGGGUUGCUGGUUGGUGGAUUCACUAUGACAGCCACCUGGGUUGGAGGAGGGUAUAUCAAUGGCACAGCUGAAGCGGUUUAUGUACCAGAUUAUGGUCUAGCGUGGGCGCAGGCACCAAUUGGAUACUCUCUUAGUCUGAUUUUAGGUGGUCUGUUCUUUGCAAAACCUAUGCGUUCCAAGGGGUAUGUGACCAUGUUAGACCCAUUUCAGCAGAUCUAUGGAAAACGUAUGGGUGGGCUCCUGUUUAUCCCUGCACUAAUGGGAGAGAUGUUCUGGGCUGCAGCAAUUUUCUCGGCACUGGGAGCCACCAUCAGCGUGAUCAUUGACGUGGAUGUGCAUGCUUCUGUCAUCGUCUCUGCGCUCAUCGCCACCCUAUACACUCUAGUGGGCGGGCUCUACUCGGUGGCCUACACGGAUGUCGUCCAGCUCUUUUGCAUUUUCGUAGGACUGUGGAUCAGUGUCCCCUUUGCACUGUCACACCCUGCAGUCACAGACAUCGGAUUCACUGCUGUGCACGCAAAAUACCAGGAGCCCUGGCUGGGAACCAUUGAGUCAGAUGACGUCUACACUUGGCUCGAUAGUUUUCUGUUGUUGAUGAUGGGUGGAAUCCCGUGGCAAGCCUACUUCCAGAGGGUCCUCUCUUCAUCCUCGGCCACCUACGCACAGGUGCUGUCCUUCCUGGCUGCUUUCGGGUGCCUGGUGAUGGCUCUCCCAGCCAUACUCAUCGGGGCUGUUGGGGCAUCAACAGACUGGAACCAGACUGCAUAUGGGUUUCCAGAUCCCAAGAGUGAUAAAAAAGCAGACAUGAUUUUACCAAUUGUUCUGCAGUAUCUCUGCCCUGUGUAUAUUUCUUUCUUUGGCCUUGGUGCAGUUUCUGCUGCUGUUAUGUCAUCGGCAGAUUCUUCCAUCUUGUCGGCAAGUUCAAUGUUUGCUCGGAACAUUUACCAGCUUUCCUUCAGGCAAAAUGCAUCCGACAGAGAGAUCGUUUGGGUGAUGCGGAUCACAGUGCUUGUGUUUGGAGCAUCUGCGACAGCCAUGGCCUUGCUGACCAAGACCGUGUAUGGCCUGUGGUACCUCAGCUCCGACCUUGUGUACAUCAUCAUCUUCCCCCAGCUGCUGUGUGUGCUCUUUGUCAAGGGGACCAACACCUACGGGGCCAUGGCAGGCUAUGUUUCUGGCCUUUUCCUGAGAAUUACUGGAGGGGAGCCAUACCUGUACCUGCAGCCCUUGAUCUUCUACCCUGGAUACUACCCUGAUAAGAACGGCAUCUAUAACCAGAGAUUCCCAUUUAAAACUCUGGCCAUGGUGACCUCAUUCCUAGCCAACAUUUGCAUCUCUUAUCUAGCCAAAUACCUGUUUGAAAGCGGAAGGUUGCCACCCAAAUUAGAUGUAUUCGAUGCUGUUGUUGCCAGGCACAGUGAAGAAAACAUGGAUAAGACAAUCCUGGUCAGAAAUGAAAAUAUUAAGUUAGAUGAACUUGCACCUGUGAAGCCUCGACAGAGCAUAACUCUCAGCUCCACUUUCACCAACAAAGAGGCCUUGCUUGACAUCGAUUCCAGUCCAGAAGGGUCUGGGACUGAAGAUAAUCUGCAAUGACCCAUCUCAGUCAGAUGCUGCUUUCUCAGAGCACUGUAAUAGGGUAGUCCUGGAAAGAUGGUUUGCAACUUAUACAAAUUUAUUAAAAGUAUAAACAAUGGUAAGAGGGACAAAAAUCUAUAUAAAGUCCAACUAUAAAAAUACAAACCAGUCUAAAAGGAAGCACCUAUGAAAGCAACAAUACCCUUUAGGCUCAUCCAUAAUAGAUGUUGAUGCUAGAUAGUUUCGUUAGGUAUAAAAAGUGAAUGAAGCCCCGCUCAGAGAACAGAGGGCCAAACAGAGUAUUUAUCUUU